UGUUCGUAAUAGGUACCUAAUUGAAUAAUUUACAUUCUUAUGUGUGUAACAUUUCCAGCCACAAAGCUUCGAAAAAAAUGGAUCAAGUCAAGUUUCUGGAAUAUGUUUAUGGAGGAUUUCCAAAACUUGAUAGACUUACAAUUAUUAACAAACGUUUUACACUGUCCUUUUUAAUGUUUAUUGGAUUUACAAUAAUGUUUUCUGGAAUUAUGUUGACUCAUUCAAACAGAUGUUUGAGGUCAUCGCAUGGAGAGGUUGACGAUCCGUUUGUACAUGUAUCAAGUUUUUUAAUAGGAUACAUAAUAAUCCAAGUUCCAGCUGCUUGGAUAAGUUUGAAAUUUUCACCACUAAAAUGGUUUGGUCGAAGUAUUUUUGCCCACGCAAUUCUAUUAUUUGCAGUAGCGUUAACUGGAAAUCUUGGCUAUGGAUUUUUGGUAGUAUUGAAAUUUUUUGAAGGUGCUUUAGCAGGAAUAGUAUUUAUAGUAUGUCAUGCCGCUUGGAAAAAUUGGACACCCGCUGCAGAACGUUCUACAUUACUCACAUUUGCUUUGGCUGGGGGUUAUCUUGGUGAUUUAUUUGGUUCAUCAAUGUCAAUCUUUUGUUCAUCAUUACCAUUUUGGAUGGUAGUAUGUUGUAUGGUGGGGAGUUUUGGUGUGAUAUGGUGGUUAGUUUGGGAGCGUACAGUAUACGAAACACCUAAUAAACAUCCCACCAUAAGUGAUGAAGAACUUAAUCGGAUCAAUCCAAUUAUUCAAGAAGAAAUACGACCAACUGAGGGUGUAUCAUGCAAACAAAUAAUUUUGUCAACACCGUUUAUAGUGUUGGUAGCUCUUAACAUUGUUAGAUCUUUUAAUGCAAGAUCUUUAGGUUAUCGCGCAGAAGAUAUGCUCAUUAUUAGUUUUAUAAGAUUAACUUCAUUUCCAUUAUCUGGAUAUUUGGCUGAUGUUUUGGUACGAAAAACAUCAUUAACAAUAACUAAUGUUCGAAAAUUAUUCGUUAUUGGUGUUACUGUGUUGGAGGCUUUUUAUUUUUUUAUGUUGAUGAAUCAUAUCCAUUUUAACAAGGGAAGAUUUUUAUAUUUGGUUUCAUUUUUAAUGCAUAUAUUGUAUCAUGUCGCCUAUAGUGCAGUCAGCGUAAAUGCUGUAGAUAUAGCACCAAGUCAUGCUGGUGUUACAGUUGCCAUAACGAAUAUUAUUUCACAUAUUAUUUUCUCACUUGGGUUCAAAGUUGAAAUUUUUUUGCAACAAAGAGAUUGGACUGGUGUGGUAGAUUUCAUUUCAAUGGUUGUACAUUUAAUUGUUGGAGUACUAUUUGGAAUUUAUGGAACAGCAAAUCCUAUCACCGUGAAAGGAUAAUAUCACUUAUUAUUUAUAAAUUGAUUUUCUAGGCUGCAACAUUAAUUAAUUAUUUUUAAGUUAUUUUUACAAAAUAAUUUAUUGGUUCUCAAUAAUGCCGUGAUUAUUUCGUCUUCCCUGUGGUAAUUGCCCAGUACAAUCAUAAUUAAGGUACCCUAUCCGCUUCAGAUUUCCUUAUCGCUCGAAAUCUUUUAGUUAUCGAUUUAAAUGAGUGUGUUUGGUUUUUUAAAAAUUUUGACUUUUGUGAUUGUUAGUAGUAUGCUACGGGUCCAUUUUAUUGCAAUAGUUGGAUAGCAAAUCCAUCCUAACACUCUGAAAUAAUACUAUGUACCUAUCCUAAUAGUAUUUAUGACAAUAGAUUGUUAU